AGAGUUGCAUCCAUUGGUUGUGAGCGAGAGACAUUCAGAAAAGGAGGGAACGCGUGUAGUAGGACAGGCCCUAGUGCAGUCCGCCUCCAGGGUACGCUUCCCUGCAGCAGUGCUAAGGAGGUAAUAUAUGAUGUCUAACGGUUAUGAAGAUCACAUGGAUGACGUCUGCAGGGAUGACAUUGGUAGGACCAAUUUGAUUGUGAACUACCUCCCUCAGAAUAUGACACAAGAUGAACUGCGAAGCCUUUUCAGCAGUAUCGGAGAGGUAGAAUCUGCAAAGCUUAUUCGGGAUAAAGUUGCAGGGCACAGUUUAGGCUAUGGUUUUGUAAAUUACCUUAAUGCAAAAGAUGCAGAAAGAGCAAUAAACACUCUUAAUGGUCUGAGGCUUCAAUCAAAAACUAUAAAGGUCUCCUUUGCUCGUCCAAGUUCAGAAACCAUCAAAGAUGCAAAUUUGUACAUCAGCGGACUCCCAAGGACAAUGACACAGAAAGAUGUGGAAGAUAUGUUUUUACCAUUUGGACACAUUAUCAAUUCUCGAGUGCUGGUUGAUCAAGCAACAGGUUUGUCCCGGGGCGUUGCAUUUAUACGGUUUGAUAAAAGAUCAGAAGCUGAAGAGGCUAUUGCCAGUUUUAAUGGACACAAACCUCCUGGUUCUUCAGAGCCUAUUACAGUAAAAUUUGCUGCCAAUCCAAAUCAGAGCAAGAAUAUGGCCCUACUUUCACAGAUUUGUCACUCCCCAGCUCGACGAUUUGGAGGGCCUGUCCAUCACCAGGCACAAAGGUUCAGGUUUUCUCCGAUGGGUGUAGAUCACAUGAGCAGCAUAUCUAGUGUAAAUGUUGCAAGCAGUGCAUCUUCUGGUUGGUGCAUCUUUAUCUACAAUCUUGGCCAAGAUGCAGACGAAGGAAUCCUUUGGCAAAUGUUUGGCCCUUUUGGAGCAGUCACUAAUGUCAAGGUUAUUCGUGAUUUUAACACCAACAAAUGUAAAGGUUUUGGUUUUGUGACCAUGACAAACUAUGAAGAAGCAGCAAUGGCUAUCGCAAGUCUUAAUGGCUACCGUCUAGGGGACAAAACCUUACAAGUUUCCUUCAAAACCAGCAAGUCCCACAAAUAACUUGCUCUUAAAAUUUUGUAUGUAAUAGAGAAAUUACAAUCUGCUAAAUUGGGGGGAGGGGAAUACAAUUUUUGUCAUUUUUGUUCGUGUACUCAUUGCGCCAAUUUUCAAGUGUGUUUUGUCUUAUCAAAAUGACAUUUUUUUUAUACUCUGGGGAUGCAACUUACAUGUUCAAAUGUUUGAGAAACCCCUCGUGUUAGACCAAUUUUAAGUUCAUUAAGUUAUUUACUUUAAGUAUACAAAUAAAAUAUGGAUAGUUUUGACUAAAAUAUGCCCUUCAGAUUGUGGUAAAUUGAAGCAUGCUUGAACCUUGAAGAUGUUUUAAAAAAUUCUUGCUCUGCGGGUUGUUCUUUGUUCCAGACAAUGGAUUUUUUCCUUUAAUACAAGUACUAUUUCCAUGGUUUACCCCUUCCUAUAGACUUUGAAAGUUUAUAAAAUUGAGUUUAGUACUUGCUUGCAAUUACCCGAGCCAACAGAGAUCCUUUUAGGCUUCAUAAAGUUAAGAUCAUUAGUAGCACCAUGUCUGUUUAUUAUACGUGCAAUCCCAUUUAAGACAUGACUAAUGACUGUGAUUUGUCUUAAGUAGACAAGUACCCUUUGUCUUUCCUUUAAGAAAAUACAUUUAUGUUUUGGUUUUUAAUGAAGGCUUAUGUUGGCAUGUGUGGAAACAUGACUGCUUAGACUCUACCGUGCCCAUAUUUUGUUAGUUGUUGGGAUUGUAAAUACCAAUUAAGUCCAAAGUAAAAACACCUUCUGCCUGCUUCCCUCUCCCCCAUCUCAUCCUUGUUCUCCUGUUGUAAAUGAGAACCAUGUAUAAAGGAGAACAAAAGAUGAGAUCUCCAUAAAACAUAAUUUAAACUGUAAAUAUUAUAUAUCAGAAUUGGUUUAAUCUGACUGAAUACGUUUCAUUUAUUCUAUUGGUCCUUUUAUGGGACCCUAUUUCUAAGAGAGAGAGAGAUUAACUUUGCGGAGUGUUUUUUUUUUUUCCAGUCCAAAAUUAUUCUCCAAUCUUUUAAUCAGCCCAUAGAAUGAUAGGGAUGGACCAAAAAGUUCAUAACACAAACUAUUCCAAUAUUAUUUAUAAGUCCAAAGAAAACCUUCAUGUAGCCUUUCUUGAUUGAUAUUAUGUGGCAAAUAAUGCUUACCUUGUGCACUCUUGUUGUGGUGCAUCAUAAAUUAAUUUAGAUAAUCGUCCAGUUAUUAUAUAAAGUAUCAUUUGGAUUAAUAUAGAUUCCUUGUUCGUACUCCUUAAACAUUUGAGCAUUGUUUAGUUCUUGUUUUCUCUUUGCAUCCCGUUAUGACUUAGUUUUCGUUUUCUGCUUUAUAGUUUUUCCUUUUUUUUUUUUUUUAACGUUAACAGCAGAACCUAUUUCAAAUUAAAUAUUAACAGUUUGAUUCCUAGUUUAAAAAAUAUCUAACACUCUUCCCAAGUACCAGUUUUGUUCCUGUUGAUUUUGUUUCUUUUGUUUUUUUGUUUUACUUUUGCAUUUAUCAUUAAAUUUGAUUUUGUUUUGCUCAA